UGUGGUUGGUGGGUGUUUAACCACAAUCAGCUGGUGCGGUGGACAGAGUUUGGACAUGUCGAGGCGAGAUGUCAGUGUUUGAGAAAAAGAAAGAAGACAGACUUUCAACAGACGAUACUAAGCCACUUGUAUGUAAUAUAACAGACGCCCAGAACACUGAUGGACACAUAGAAUAUACACUUGAGGUUUGGCGCACUCCUGACACAGAGACCAAAUGGACCGUAAGCCACCGUUACUCCGACUUUGCACAGCUUCAUGCAGCUCUCAAAGUUGGAGCUGUUGUGCUGCCUCAGCUCCCUCCUAAGAAAGUGUUUGGAAAUACUGACAGGGAUUUUAUUAAUGAGAGAAGGGUAGCACUACAGAAAUAUCUGGAAGGCCUUCUUUCUAAUCUCACCUUGGCUGCAUCACUACCAGUAAAGAGAUUUCUCGAUCCUAAAAACUAUACAAGGAAUUUCCAAGAGGAAGCUAGGCAGAAUGUUCAUAUUAUCCUGAGAUCUGGAGGUAGUCACGAAGUAACAGAAGUGUUGCCGAGCUGUGGUACUCGUAUAUGCAAGGAACAUUUCCUUGCACAUCCUUUGGCAGAUCCUAAGUCUCAACAUGUAUUGUGGUGGGCUCCAUUUGGCCCUGAUAGAGCUAUGAACCUCCGUGAUACUCAUGCAACACUAACAGCCCUUGUUCAAUGUCAGCAUCCAUACAUAGUGCCAGCAAUCAGUAAUAUCGCCACUGAAGCUGGAGUGUGUGUUGUACGGCCGUGGUUUCCUCAGGGAAGUGUUCGUGAUAUGAUACACCAGGCCAAGCCAAGAGGAAGUUCUUUGGUUAAAUACUCCAGUGAUAAGCUCUGCUCCAUUCAACAAAAGGACUGUGCAAUUUAUGGCCGGCAGAUACUGGAGGCCCUUCUGUUCUUGCAUGAGAAAGGUUUAGGACAUGGUCACCUUCACACUGGGAAUUUGGUGAUUGAUAAUAAUGUGUGUCGACUGUUAGAGCUUGAAAACCAAGUUGUAGGGCUUCCAAAUCAGCUGAGAUCACACAUGAUUCACCAUCGGAAGAUUAAUUCAAUCGAAGCAAUUGAUGUCUACUGUUUUGGCCACGUGUUGUAUGAAAUGAUAUUUCAGAAGCGUCUUACAACUAACACCUGUAAUGAGUUGCCUCCAGAAUGCCCAGCAUUGUCUAGGUCAGUGCUGGAGAGUAUCCUAAGCGCAGAAGCAUGUAAGAAUGGGCUCCCAACUGUUGCUGGACUCCUCACUCAUCCUUUCUUCAAUCAGGUUCCACUUCACAGCUACGAGAAACCCAGCCUCCGCCUCCCAUCCAGUGUCAAGCAGGCUAUAGCACUUUCACAUGAGGCCAUGUUCACCAGACUUGCAGCUGAUCAAAAGAAGAUACGACAACAGAGAAAGCUGUCCAAGUUUGAAGCCUUUGUUUCACAACAGUCCAGCAAGAAUAGAUCAAAAAAACAUUUGCAUCUUGAAACUAAUGGUGAAUCAGCAAAAAGUAAUGAAAGAUCACCUGGAGACUCAGUGAACAAUACAGGUAAUUUUCCAAACUCUAAUAAUGAUGGACAGAAAAGUCCCUCAUCAUCAUCCCAAACAUCAUCACUCUCACCACCGCCGCCCCCACCUCCACCUACGCUUGUAACUCCCUUACCUCCUCCUGUCAAAUCUAUACCUGAUGACUCUCCUCCUGGUAAACCUCUGGAUUUGGGUGAAGAGCAUGCAGCCCUUCUAUCUUCAAUCUCUGGAUUCAAAAAGGGCAAGCUCAGGAGGACAGAGACAAAUGACCGUAGCGCACCCAGUAUUUAGGUACGAGUCAUGUUGUUUCAUAUGGCUGUUUAACUUUGAUUCACAAUUACAUAAAUCAAAUUGAAGUAUAAUCUGUUCUGUUUUGAUUACAUUCAUUAUAAGUCACUCAGACAGCAUAUACCCUUUGACAAAAGUUUUUGAGAUGAGUAAUCAUUUCACAAGGAUACUAUUGAAAAGAUAAACAAUUAUUUCUUUAUUUCAGAAUGAAUAUCAAUAAUAAGACUCAUUUUAUAAUGGUGACUUUGUUAUUUUUGUAUAGGUUGUUUGAUCAGCUUGUACCACUUACCUGGUCAAAGAUUAUUUAAGAUGCAUUGUACACAGGAAACAAGGUAAGAUUAUGCAAUUUUACUUCAAAAUUACUUGAACAGUGCUCAGUUUUCAUUAUAGCUGAAGGUAGGUUAACACUGUGGAAUAGGAUAAAAUUCAUAUUUUCUGCCUUCCAUAGUUGGGUUCUAGAACUGGACAUUUGACAGUAAUAUUACUCUCUCUCUCCCUCCCUGUUUUUAUAUAUACAGCGUACUAUAUAUAUAUAUAUAUAUAUAUAUAUAUAUAUAUAUAUAUAUAUAUAUAUAUAUAUAUAUAUACACACACACACACACACACACACACACGGCAGCUUUGAUGAUUCGGGACGCAUAUAGUGAAUACUUAAUCUUAUGGGGAAAAUUAGGAUAUGUUCCACAAUUAAAAGUCAACAGUAAUGCGAUAAAAGUUGUGGAAAAAUUAUUAAAUUUUUUACCUGUACUCAAAUGUACUAAGUUAAUGACUAAAAUUUUUAUGUCUGGUGCAAUUUAUGUAAUGUUUAUAGUCAAAAUAAUCACCAUCUUACAGGAAUUCCAGCAAUGCUAAAUGAAGUAGGUGACAUUUUAUAAGUGAAAAACUUAAACUCCCUGUCUUUUAUCCCACUCCCUCCUGAACUCCUAACUGUCAACACCCCACCUCCCCUCCACCUCCCAGCCAGCAGGGGAGGCAGAUGUCUGUGGGUGAUAAGGAUUAAUGGGAUGAAAGUGAUUUUACACUUAAAAUUCUUGUGUUAUAAAAUGUCACAGACUUGACUUGGCAGAAUAUAACUUGCAUUGCUGGAAUCCUUGCAAGAUAAUGAUUAAUUUGAGUAUAAAUAUCUCAUAGUUUGCACAAGAGAUAAAAAAUUUAGUUCUUUAGCUUACAGUACAUUUGAGCACAAAUUAAGUACAGUAAUGUGUUUCUCAAAAUUAUGCUUUUUCACAGGGAAAAGUCUGUAUAACUAACCCCAUUGGUCAGGAUAUUAUGGCAUUGAAUGCUACAGUGUACAGGUGCUCCUCUACUUAAGAAUGUUCAACUUACAAACUUUUAGAGAUACAAACAUAAUUACUGAGGGGGUUACCUGCCAGAACAGGUGUUUAAUGUGGAUGUGAAUUGGAUUAUUUUGAAGAAAAUUCCAGAUAGAACAAACAUUACCUAAGAGGAGAAGAGUGGGCCAGGUUUUAAGGCUGUAUUAAAGGGUAUAGCGUACUAAAUAUCCAUAAUCUUUUCAUUUUUUACAAUAUGUUUGGUAUCUACAAGAGUAAAGUUGGACUUCCACACAAUUGGACUUACAAACAAGCCUCAGGAACGUACUCAUUCGUAAGUAGAGGAGCACCUGUAUUUCAAUUAAGUUCUUUGUUUAGUUCUGUACAUCUAUGCGAAUUCCCAUAUAGUAAAUGGCAUAAAGCGAGGGUCCAGUGUACAGUAAACGUGUACCAUAGCACAAACACUUUGUCAUAAAGAGGUCCCGUAAACCUGGACUAUAUUUAUGCUGAUGUAAGUUGUACUGGUACCAGUAAUAUUACAUUUUGUGCAUUAUUUUGCCUUUUUUAACCUCGGCUUCGAUGGUUCUGAAUUUUCGCUAAUCCGGAACCAGUCUGGUCCCAAGCUUCCUGGAUUAGCAAGGUCCAACCUGUAUAUAUAUAUAUACUCGGUGUCCCCUUAAUAUACAUCCUGAUUAUGGACAUACUAUACAUACAGUCACAAAUCAUCAAAAUAUUUAGAGAUGGCUGGAAUCUAUAGUCGAUGAAAUUAGGGUGAGUUGCAGGUAUGGUCCAGUUGCUGUGGAAGAGAUGAGAGAGGAAUUGUCAGCCAGUGGUGGUAAGCCAUUCCUGUUGCAUACUUUUUCAUAUUUCACCAUUCUGUCAUUAUUAUAGACUAUUCGGGAUACAAUAAAAAAUAUUGGGAAUGUUUUGUGACAUAAAUUUUAUAAUUUGGGUUUCCACAGGAAAUUGAUGUCUGGUUAAUGUACUGUACAUCCAGUCAUCACCAUACAGAUUUUCAGGAACACAUCAUGUAUGUUAAGGGGAUGCUGACUGGAUGUACAGGUAUAUACAGUAUUUUACUUUUGUUGACUCUGAGUCAUAUACAGUACAGUACUUGCCAGUAUCUUUUCAUCCAAGAGGUUGUCAACCCACAGGCUGAGAGAUUUCCUAAAGUAGCAUUCUCUACAGAUCUGUUUUUCUGAAUAUUUUUUGCAAUUUGUGUGUAUUAUCUACAAAUUAAAUUACCCUGUACAGUACUGUAGUUGUGCAUCAUAUACAGAAAUCAUAUGUAAAUCUACAUUAUUAUACAAUACUAGAAAUGAAAGACAUAAUUUUAAUGUCACUGUCUAGACAAUAUACUACAUGUGCUUCAAAAGAUUGGAGAGAAGUGAAUGUAUAAAGGAACUGGGAAAUUCUUAUGAAUUCUACAAAGAUCUUGGGUCUAAUUAGAUAAACUAAAUUGGUUAUGAUGAAUAUGAAGUAAAAUCUUUGAUGCUCAAUUUGUGAGUCAUGUGAUUGGUUAAGUCCUGAUGAACAAAUAUCUCGUGUUACUUUUAUUAUUGUCACUCAAGAAAAUUAAAUUUUGAAGGAGUUUUGUAAAAAAAAAAAAAAAAAAUCCAACCUUACUGGUGUAAAAAUUCCCAGAGACAGUAGAAUAUGUUCAGCAAAUUGUUAUUUAUAGUGAAUAAAGUAUAUAUUCUCAUUGGACACAAAGGGCUGAUUAGGGUGUACAUUAAUUGGUUUUAGGUUAAGAAACUAAUUGGAGUUUAGUUUAUUAAUUCAUCCUUUAAUGCUACCCAAAAUCCAAGUACUGUAGGUGUAUAUCACACCAAACAAUAUUAAUGCAACAGUUUUGGUUGACAAUUAAAAAUGCACUAGAUACUGUGAUGGCCAGAAAUUUGGUUUUGUAUGGUGCAUCACUACUAAAUCAUGUGCUAUAGUGAUAGCCUCACUUUAAAGUUCCAUUAAUUCAAACAUGACUAACUCUAGAACUGUAUGGAAAAAAUAUAUGGUACAUAUUUCUUAGGGCACAUCCGAUUGGGCAUUGUUCCAUGUCAUUUAUGCAGAGAAAAUGUAUCCUAAGAUUGCCAUCCUUGUUUCAUGGAAUUAGAGAAGUCAUGUUUGGUAAAGCGUUGUAUAAGUUACUUUAGGUUGAGAAAUAUGGCAUGUUAGAUUUGCUUGCUUUCUCUCCCCCCCCCCAAUAUUGUCUCCCUAGUCUUUUUUUUAUACCAGUUCUGGAACCUUUAGCAACCAAUGCUCUACUAAGAUCCAGCUGACUGAUUGUAGUCAUGGCAUAUAUACUGUAUACAAAUGAUGAAUUAAGGGAUACAGUACUUUGCUCAACUUUGUGAUUCAAAUAUUUACCCUACUUCUGAUUUAACAGGAAUUUGAUUGCUUUAUUUUUGAGUUCGUAAUAUGGAAUUCAACUUUUUUUUUUCGCCAUUAAUAAUAUUCACUAAAUUCAGUACAUAUGUUGGCAUAAGUACCAGCUGCUAUCCUUUAAGAAAGGCCCAGCAACACCAUGUACCAGCUUAAACUAUAAUCACCAAUAUGCAUUAAACCAUAUGUUAACAUUACUCAAGUGGACCACAGUAAUGUAUGUUUGUCACACUUGUUAAUUUUAUCUGUGUAAUGCUGCUUAUGUAUAAAACAAAUAUUCAUAUAGCACACAGUGAUGUAAACAAUAAUUCAUUGAUAUUGCUUGUGAAAAUCAAUUUGUCUUGUCUGAUAUUAUGACCAAAACUCUUAAUGAUUAUUAACCAUUGUACACAAACAUAUUCAAGUGUUGGGUGCAAGGAGCUCAGGUCUCCAGGACAAGUGAAGUCCCUUAUAAAAAAUUGUAGGUCCCAUAAUAAUACAACAAAUUGAGACAUUACUGUACCUCAAAAUUUCAUUUUAAGAAGAGAAUAGGUGUUGGGUGACUCCAAUAUUCAUCAUUCACGAGGGAUAAUUUGAAUUAAAAAUACAGCAGAACCUUGUUUAUCCCAAAUUCAUGGGACAUUGGCAAUUUCGGUUAAUCACUCUUUUCGGUUAUUUGAGCUAUUUUAAUAAAUAUAUUAUGGAAUAAAGACUGGAAAUAUGAGUAGUAUGUAUAACAAAACUAAAGAAUGUACUCCCCCAAUUAACUGUUUGCAAACAUGUGGUGGUUUAAGAUGGUUAGUACAUGUGUUAUGAAGAUACAAAACACACAACCCAUGUGUUAUGGAGAUGUAGAAUACAGUAUAAGAAAAACAUUUCACAAAAGAAUAUUGCAGCCAAUAAACAAUGGUAAAAUAAUCCAGAAAAGGGUGUGGUUAUAAAUUGGGCACAUGGAGCAAUGUGCUUGUAAAAAAAAUCCAUCAGCGCCACCGUGACAGUAUCCUGAAUCAUGCCCCAUCACAAGCGGAUGGCAGGAAAUCUAAAUUGGAGUUCAGUUGUCUCUGGACGAGUACAGUUAUUUGAAAAUGAUUCGUAAUGGUUUUUUAAAAAAUUUUGGUUACAGUAUUUGAGUUUCGGUUGGAGGAGUUACGGUUAAACGAGGUUCUACUGUAAUAGGGUGUGUCUUAGUUUAAAAUUUUAGGUUUAGAGGUUUUUGCAUUCUUGUCAAAUUCCAAUUUUUUUUUGGUAAAAUGCAUUAAAUAUUUAAGGAUUUACAAUAACACAAAUUUUUAUUGCUGUGUGGUGAGAGGGUUAGACUGUUAUGUUGAUUAUGCCACAAUUAAAGAUCUUCUCUAAUCCUUUCAAUGAAAAUUAUGUUUUCUGUAAAUGGUCAAAUUACUCAGUAAAGCUUCCAAUAUACUAGGUGCCUGAUGAAGAGAAGAGACAGAUUGCUAACUGAAGUUAAUUUUAGUAUAAACUCUGGAUUGGAGUUAAGCUAAAAUGUUUGGCUGCAAGUUAACACUACAGGAUUGAGGUGUGCAUGUAUGUGUGGUUUACCACCUAGACUGUCCCAUAAGCCAAUUCAUGUGAACUAGUACUACUACAUAUUGGUAGGCUUUAGCACAGAAGAGUUACACUCUGUAGACAACAAAUGAAAGAUCUAUAGUACAAGAAUUAUAAGCUAUCAUGUUAACAUUCAUUCAGCAAAGAAGCCACAACUCUGUUAUAAAUUUAUGAAAUAUAUAGCAGUUUAAUGUUAUGAAGUAACUUUGCCGAGUAUAAUUAAUUACAUUAUCUGGAUUUUAGGUAUUUUGUAUGAUGCAUAACAUUUAAAAUUUGAUCAAUGCUAGUGAAAAUCAAGUACUGUACCUUGAUCACAAAAAAAUCUUUGUGCUCAUUAGUCUGGACUCCAAGCUUUAGUCCAAUACACAGCAGGUGGUUUUAUUUUUUGUCAUUAUGUAGCAAACCUCUUCUCUCCAAUAUGAAUGCAUUUCCUAAUCAUCAUGCUGCAGAACUUGUAAGUACCUUUACUGUGAAAUAUAACAGGCCAUAGUACAUGCUAGUUUUAAGUACAUUAAGUUUUUAUCACUGCUGUACAUUUAAAUAGCAACCAAGAUUCUAUUAACUCAGCAUAGGGUAGUUAAUGUCCUUAAACAUUUCCUUAUGCUGUCUUACCUUAACUGGAGGUUUUGCUAGAGAGUGAGUGUUACCUUUUCAAAUCCCAAAUUAAAUGCAUAUCUGUGAUCUUAUUUUUUGUAUUAAUAAAAUAUUGAGACUUACAACAAUGAAUUGAUAAUUUAGUGUUGUAUCUUGGGCAAAGAUCUGAGGUUAACUCACUGGUAGAUAUCAGAUGGUUGUGAUAGAUUGGUACUUUAUGAAUAAAAUCUAGUCGAAGGCAUUAUUAGUAAAGCAUGUGGUGUGAUUAGUAAGAAUAUAAGGUCCAUGUAUGGAAAAAAGGCGAGCUUAGAAGAAAUUCAGCAUUUCAUUCCACUGUACUAUCCAUGCAAAUUCAUCUUAAAGAUUCCAUCCUUAAUGAAAACAUGUGGUUAUUCAUCAUUAAGUGAAAGCUUUCUUAGAUAUACCUAUUGUUUUUUCAGAGAUUGUACCAUUUAAUCUAUCAAUGAAGUUAACAAGGACACCCAAGUUUCUACAUUUCAUAUUUUAGUUAUGAAAGCAGUCAGGUACAAAGUUAUUUUUGAAAGAUCUUUAGUGUAGAAUAUUGUAAUUAUAUAUUUCAAACAAAGCUAGUUCAGCCUCAUAAACAUGCAGGUAUAUUUUUUAGUUGAAUGUAUAUGUUUUAUGAACUAUAACUAUAAUGGAUAUAAGCUUUUUGUACAGGUAUUAAUAUUUUCUUUAUUUCAUAAUACUGUAUUUGUAUCUUAUUACAAGUUUUACAGUUAAACAUGUCAAGAGUAUGAGGUACAGGAGUCAGUUUGUGUAUCUUCUGGUUUUGUUUUGCAUUUAAAGUUUUUGUUUCGCAAGUGCAUUGAUUGCUAGUCACUACACAGGCAGUAUUAGAUUAUCAGUAACUCGGUGACACAACUGAUUUCAUCCUCUAGACAAGUAAACACAUUUUGAAACUGUAUUAAUUAAUUUUGAUGAAUUCUACACUACAAUUGACUUCAAAAUUGUUUCUCUUCAAUUAUUCCAGUAUAAACUAUAAAUUGUUCAUUGUUUUUAUUUUUUAUUAUUGCUGUUCAACCUUGUGUCAGGGUCACUAUAAAUGUGGUUUGCACAUCACACUAUCAGUGCCCAAUAUUUAAACUAUACCUGCACCAAUUUGUGAAGUUUUCUUGCUGUUAGACUGAUUUAAUAUAUGUUGUGCAAUUUUUUUUUCCCAAAGAACAAAAUGGUUCUAUUGUCCAUCAUUAAAUUAAGACAAUUUUCCAUUAAAAAUUAGCCAUUUGUUCUUAGAAAGGGGCACAUUCAUGUUAAUAGAAUGUUUAUAAAUCAAACCCACAUUAGAAAACCUGAUAAGCCAAGUCCUCAUCACUCAAUUAGUGUGUUUAUACUUUUAUUGAGAAGCAAAGAAAUUUAGUUUUACAAUUGGCAACAAAAUCUCAACUAGUUUCUAAAAAGACUAAAUUAUAAUCUUUGCAUGGAAUAGCUAACCUAAGCCUCAUUUUUCUGUAAUGUUAUUAAAUCUGACACUGGAGCUGAUUGUGUGUGUCUGAGAAUAUUAAUUAUUAGGUAUUAGGUAGAGAAUUAAAAAGUAUUCACCCCUACCCUCAUCAGAUAUAAUGACAAUGGAAAACAAGACUAUUGCCUUAUCAAGGUUGUCAUUUAGUUUACAGAGCAUAAACUGGUAGAAGUUUGAUACUAGGAUACUUAUCACAAUGUACAGCUCCUCCCCGACUUACGACCUGCCUCAGUCGUACCAAAAUUUUGUCAAAUUACAUAUUUUCGAGUCCCUAUGUCAGCAAUUGCGUUGUGUACUGACAAUUUUUUUAUAUUGUAAUUCACUUUAAAAUGGCUGGCAAGCUAAAAUGUGAGAGUUUUGUGGUGCUGAGAAGAAAAAGAGACAUUUUAGAUUUUCUAUGUAUUAUUUAAGCAUUUUCGACAUACGGCCUGGAUUUGGGUACCUAACCCCGUCGUAAGUCGGGGAGGAGCUGUACUGUAAUACAGUACAUUAUUCUCAUGAUUUAGAAAAUUUUUGCUAUAUAGUACAGUAUAUCAGAAGGGGCAAAUGAUUUUCUUAAUACGGGUACAGUAUAACUUGAAUAAGCAUAAUAUUACAGAAUUAAAUUUAAAAAGAGGAUUACAAAAGUUUACAUUUUAAUUAAGUUACACACAAACUAAAUCUGUUGGUGGGGGCUUUGCUUCUCCGGACACUACCCGACUGGCACCGCCAGUGUCCUUAUUUCAUAUUGUUUGGACUAGUCUGUAAAUCUGGCAGUUAAUUCCUGUCUAAUCCCACUCUAGGACUUGUAACUUAACCCUCAUCAGACAUAUUCCACACUAGUUGCUAUACAGAAUGGCUGGAAGUUGCAGUCCCUGUCUGUUAAGGGUUAAGAGGAUGUCUGAGCAUUUAUAAAACUUUCCAAAUCUUCUAAUAAGGGGUUUGAUAUACAUUUUAUAGCCCUUAAAGGCCAUAAACUUUAAGUAAUCUACUAUGACUCCACAGUAGCUUUUAUCUGGUUGGUGAGGUUAUUAUUGCAAAUUAAAACAUAUAAUUCAUAUCUCACAUAUGAACUGUUGCACAAGUGUGAAUUAACUGGUGCAUUAAUGAAUAAAUAUUUUGUUCUUCUACAAA